AUGAACGACCCCCUUCCAAUUCCAGGAACAGUCCAGCAAGUAGAGCUUGGUCAUUCAUCAGCUCUUGCACAUGAUGGAGCACACAGAGACAUUGUAUUGAUCCCCCGGCCGAGCUCCCAUCCGGAUGAUCCUCUGAAUUGGUCUCGCAGCCGCAAAAUGCUGAACACCACUUUCCAAAUGUCCUGGUGUUUCUUCGCCGCUGCACUCAUCAGUGGCCUUUCCUCAUCAUACCUCCUCAUAUCCGAGGAUACCGGUAUCUCAGUGGCAGAUCUCAGCACAGGCAACGGCCUCAUGUACCUCUUCAUGGGCUGGGGAACAUUGUUAACGCAGAAUCUCGGGCAGGAUAUUGGUCGUCAGCCGGUUCUACUCGUUGGCAUGCUGGGAUCGUCCCUUUUGCAGAUUUGGUCAGCUUAUAUCAAGUCGGUUGGUGAAUGGUACGCCAACCGCAUCUUGCUUGGUAUCUUCGUAUCUCCCCAAGAAGCCCUGAUCGAGCUAUGCAUCGCGGACAUUCAGUUCGCUCAUGACCGUGGCUUCCACAUGGGUAUAUAUAACUGGACGUUGUGGUGUGGGGCCUUCUUGUCACCCAUCGCUGGUGGUUUUGUCGCCGAGUCACUGGGAUGGAGAUGGAUCCAGUACAUUUUGGCCAUCAUAUGCCUCUGCUUCACGGUCGCGACUUUCUUCGGGUUUGAAGAGACAAUGUUUUUCCGACAAGUCAACAUCCAUGAUCCAAUUGUUUGUGCCCCGAAAGACGUCGAAGCAGUGGAGGGCUCCCUGGGAAUGGGCGAUGAAUUGGUGUCCGAUGAAAAGAAACGAGAUGGUGUGGAGGUAGCUCCUGUCGUUAUCGACGAAUCCCACCAAGUCACGACAUACACCCAGAAGAUGAAGGUUUGGGGCUUCCGGCACCCUGAGCAGCCUGUGAACUUUUUCCGGUCAGUUUUGUUAUCUUUCAGACUCGCAUGCUUCCCCACGACGAUCUUCUCUGGUCUUCUUGUUGGAAGUAUCCUGGCAUGGUACAACGUGCUCGGAGGAUCGUUGGCCGAGGUGCUGGGAGGUGCACCAUACAACUUCACAGCGGAGCAGAUUGGUCUGUCAUAUUUCGCCAGCGUGAUAGGUGUCUCCAUUGGAUGCUACUUCAGCGGAUGGCUGAGUGAUAUCCUUGCACUCAAGUUGGCCCGUGGGAGAAACGGUAUCAAGGAACCGGAAGACCGUCUCUGGAUGUUCAUCAUCGCCCUCAUCGCCCACCCAGUCGGAUGCAUCUUGUACGGAGUUGGCGCAAGUCACCACAUCCCAUGGAUAGGUGUUGUCAUCGGAAUGGCAUUCAUCUGCAUCACCCUUCCAAUGGGCUCUGGUCUUGCCAUCACGUACAUCAUCGAUAGUCAGAAGGAGCUUGCGGGAGAAUCGAUUGUGACUGUUAUCUUGAUUCGGAAUACCAUCGGUUUUGCCUUUGCGUACGCCGUUAACCCCAUGAUCUCGAACAUGGGACUGCAGAAUACCUUCAUUCUGAUAGCGGUGCUGGGAAUGGUCUUCUGGAGUGGCUGUUUGCUGUGGAUCAAAAUUGGAAAGGCAGCGCGCAGGUCAAUUGUCAAGCCUUACUGGAAGCUUGUUGAAGUUCACGGUCUUGCAGCUCACUGA